GGAGUUUUCAUCUCACAGUGAUCGAAACUAAUAAAAAAAGAAUAAAUCAUGUUUGUGCCAACAUUCGUAGUUCUUUUCACCCUUGCGAUAUAUCAGGUUGCAUCAGCACCUGUCGACGACAGGGUCCAAUUCGAUGGAUCGUACAAACGCCUUUACCUGCCUUACAUCCAAUCAGUGACCAAGGAUGGCACCAAAACUAUCUUGACAUCCCAGGAUUUGCUUGACUUGAGCCAAAAGCUAAAAUCUGGACAAUUGCCGGUAACAACUACUCAUCAACUGAUUGGUAUUAAUGGCUUCAAUUACACGCUAUCUGACCAUCAAUUGCGGCGCAUGGUGGACCAUGAAAUUGCAGCAAUCGUCAACCCGCAGAAUCUCAACCAGCCUGGAUUUGGUCAUUUAUUCAUCACCGUUGACAAGAACGGCGUUGUGCAGACUUUUAUCUACAAUUUGACUCUCGAAGAAGCUAUGGAGAAAGUUAAAGAAGAAGGUUAUCCGAACUCUUCCGCCAGUGAUUCCUAUCACCAAAAUAAACCUUCGACUGCCAGUGACGUUUCCGUUGCUUCAAAUUAAAUUGUGUUUUAGCGAUUAUGUAAAUUCAGACUGAUAAUAAUAUAAUAAUAAUAAUAAUAUCGACGAUCAUUAUCCCGAUAGUCGUUUCAGCGAACGGUCUCAUAGCGAAGAGUCUCAAC